AUGUUAAUAAUCUUUGGAUCUCUUGUAUUAGAUCAAAAGACAGGAAUACUGCUUAAUGACGAAAUGGAUGAUUUCUCUAUACCAGGCACGCCCAAUUACGUCGGUAGCACCUGCCAAGAGACCACUAUCCCGGCAAUAAUAGAAAAUAAUGGCGAGAUCGAGAUGGUGCUUGGUGCCAGUGAUGGCGCCAAGAUAGUAACAGCUUCUCUACAAGCUAUAAUAAAUGUCUAUGACUUUAACAUGAACAUUUUGAAAGCGAUAGACAUUCCUCGCGUCAUAGAUGAAUCCGGAUACCCUCAAGAACUCAUUGAAGGGUUUGUGACGGUUGUCGAUAUUUCUCAAGGAAUGUCCGAAGUACAGGCU